UUUUCUUCUCUUUUAUGUCAUCCCCUCCUCAUCUUUUCUGAAUUUCUCCCCUUCCCUCAUAAUCUCUGCCCAAUAACCCAGUUGUCUUGUUUCUCAGACUCAAUACUCUCACCUCUUUUUGCACAUCAGCGUGAGUCUUUCACCUCUCUCUACCAAGUCACUCUCUCCUCUUCUCAGCAAUCUGCUCUCAUUCUCUCAACUUUAUUGAGAUUAAAAAUGGCAAGCAGCGGUAGAGGUGGAAAUGAUCCAGCAUGGAAGUACGCAACUCCCGUCGAAGGAAAUCGAAAUGGUACAACAUGUAUAUUUUGUUUUGCCACUUUUAAAAGUGGAGGAAUUACAAGAUUGAAGAGUCAUUUAUCAGGUUAUGAUCCUCAUAAGAGUGUAAAGAAAUGUGAUAAGGUGCCACCGGAGAUAAAAACAGAGGUGAUAGCAUGGAUAAAGAGAAAAGAUUCUAUUAAGCAAGAAAAGGCAGCUGUUCAAGAUGAUAUUAGAGAAGAACUCCGUAAUGAUUAUCUUGGCAAUCAAACAAGUCUGUACAAUGACGAUGAUGACAAUGAUGAUGAUGAUGAUGGAUUUCAGUAUCCACCAGACACGCACCCUGCAGAACGACAAGAUUAUCGUGCUGCAGUAAGACGAUCAAUCGUAGAUCGUGAUAAGAACUCUCAGUUUAGUAGAAGUGCAAGAUUUCAAUUUCUAAAACAAUCGAGAGGCGGUAGUAGCAGUCAACAACCGCAACAAGUUGAUUGAUCAAAAACCUAUCGGUACACAUUUCCUGAGCCUCCAGUAGCAAUGCCAUCAAAAGAUAGUCGAUCAGAACAAAGCACAAUUAAAUCAUUACUAAAAGGUGGUAGAGAACUAUUGGCAACAAUGGUGUCCAAAUACCACAUAUAUGAUGCUGUCCCUUUUAACAAAGCUGAUUCUCCACAUUUCCAAAACAUGUUGACUACAGCUGGAAAUCUAGGUAAAUUAUAUUGUGUUUACAUAUUUCUUCAUGGACAAUUAUGUUAAGUAGAAUUUAUAUAAUGAACAUUCCUAUAAAAUAAAUCAUUUUCUUGUUUAGGUCCUGGUGUAAAGC